GAAUUAUCGAGGAUAGUCAUCAAAUGGAAAAGUGCGGCACUCCAAGCUCGACACGAUGUCGUACAAUUUUCAUUAGGACGCCACAAGUUUACAACCCUUACAGGUUAACGUUGCCCUGCAAGUAUAAUACAUUGGCGAUCGGCGGCCUCUCCCUCACUCUUUGAAAUCGCCAUUUGACCCGCAGUUUCAUGUCGGAACUAGAAGAAUCUCUCUAUGCUCUUAACUGGAAUGACACCAUAUCAGUUACAGUCAUUACCCUGAUAUCCUAUGAGUACAUACUUCAAUUCGACAAAGAGGUCACGUUUGUUUGGGAAAGACAGUGGUCAGUGAUGACAUAUCUGUACCUUGCCGUUCGAUAUUUUGGUAUUUUCCUUGCAAUGAUUUGUUCCUACUGGGGAGGUCUAUUUUAUAUUCCUGAAACAGUGAGUCAUGUCAUGUUCCUGUUAAUGCAAUGGAGUUAUUCCGUAUAUUUUUGCUUGGCGGAAGUCAUUCUCAUCUGGCGUCUUUACGCCCUAUACAGCCAAUCCAAGCCCUUACUUUAUGUUCUACUGGGGUUGUUCCUACCUGUCGUCGCGACCUAUAUAGGGGUAGAUAUAUUUUUAUGGAGUCGACCCUCAGCGAUCUCAGUGCAAGAAAUAGCGGUAACUCCAAACAUCAAGUACUGCACGACUGUCUUCCACGUCGGGCCUAUGCCUGCGGUAUAUGCUUCCAUCCCCAUCAUAUGCUAUGAUAUUUUCCUGGUUGUUCUUGCCAUUAUUGUCCUCGCGAGGCACCUGAGAGAACGGAAGGGACUUAGAAUGAAACCUAACGCCUAUGUAGUCAUGAUCGUCCGGUAUCAUGUCAUGUACUUUAUCCUGAAUUUGACAAGUCAAAUCGUCAUGGCGAUGCUGUGGGCCGACCUUUCGACGGUAGCGAUGAGUCUCGUACUGUUGUUCAACAAUACUGCGCCAUUUAUUAUCGUGCCACGUCUUAUCAUCAGCAUUUGGGAUACGCAUGCCAAUGAUAACUGUGUACAAGUCAGUGUGUCAUUCGAGGAUUGCGUUUGUUGGACUUCGCCACCGACAUUGGAGCAGCAGGAGAUGGACUCCUCCGUAUGAUGUUCCAACUUGAGGAAGGAGGUAGAGUAAAAUCCUUCACUCAGGCUCUCGUCCUAGCAAAAUUCUCUACUACUCCAUGAGAGUAAGUAGUCUAGGGCCCAAUUUUUCUGCGUAACUAUGUACUAUCAUGUCUAUAAAGUCCCACCAUAUAUAGAGCUUGUGUGUAAUAGCUAGGUGUAAAAGUGCGACCUACCAUAAUUUAUUUUAAAGGACUCGGUAUGCUCUUGGAUCAAGACUCUAACUUCGAGAAUGUUGUGAAGGCAAUCAUGGAACUUUAUAGGAGAAAUAUACAGCUGUUUGCAGGAUAUUAGGCACGACAGCGUUGUUUGAAUUUCAAUUCAUGUCUGAUCGGAUCUGUAGCCUAGUAGAAUGUUCCCCCAGCAAGUAUCUUGUGGGCAGCGGCCGCAGCGCGGUCAUUUUCGUCCCAUCGAUAUCGUAGAUCGCAAUCGAUCGGGACCAUCGGAAGU